AUGGUAGAACACAAAAGUUCAUUUUCAAGCUUUAGUAAGAUAAUACCAUCUAUUCGGAUGAACACACAAGAUUCACAAAUCAACAAUGACCUUUUCACUGACAAUGAUAAGGAGAUCAUUUAUAACUCUGCUAAAGAUUAUCUGGUAACAAAUCGGGACAUUAAAUGGAAAUCUAUUAAAACUAAAAUAAAAAAGGAUCCCGGUAAAUUUUCGCUUAAUGACAUGAAAAAUGUUUGGAAUUCAAAGCAAAGACAACUUGCACGGGAAGCUAGAGCCGAGGUGCAGGAUGAAAUUUAUCUUUAUGAUCCAUCCAACGAAAAUUAUGAUAACAAUAAUUAUACCACAUCCCUAAACUCGUUCUACAAUUUUAUACAAAAACUUGUGCCAGCAUAUUAA